AUGUCACGAGGAAGCUUCGUCUUCUCAUCGAAUGCUUUACGCUCUCUCCAACUAGACGAGGACAUGCUUGAGAGACACAAGUACAAGCAACGCUUGGCCACCCAGUAUCUACUGAGUUAUGCAUUGAAGAAGGAGGGCUUGGACAGGACGCCACUGAAGUCCAGCUUUGUGCCGAAGCCAGCCGUGUGCCGUGAUGUGGUUAUCCAAAACGCUCUGUACACAGGCAAUCUGGAGGCUACACAACGCCUCUUUCCUCGCGGAUCCACCGCCAGCCUCAUCAUUGAGCCGCAGGGUGGGGAGAUGCGCUGGGUCGCCCGGGGGGAGGGGCUUUGGUCGCUGACAUACGAGCAGGAGCUAACAACACCGCUUCACAUAACUGCGGGACGAGGCUUCGCUGAAUGUUUGAAACUCCUGCUGCAACGCGGAGCCACUGUUGACCUGGCGCCAGGUGGCAUCACCGCCUUGCACGAGUCCUGUGCACACUGCGAGCCGGAGUGUACCAGACUGCUGCUGGUGCACGGUGCCAAUGCCAAUGCUGUCUCAGAGGACGGCCGUAUGCCUUUACACUUGUGCUCGAACCCUGAGUCACUUGAAUGUGCCAAGUAUCUCCUUGAGUAUGGUGCCGCAAUUAAUGGACGUACUGUGGAUGAAGACGAUACUCCCCUGCAUGUGGCAGCGAGAAACGGCCUUGUGGAUCACGUCGAGCUCUACCUGCGUUAUGGCGCCACUGUGGACAAAAAGAAUGAUGAAGGUCUCACACCCCUAAACGCGGCCUGCUCCCAGCCGCAGGAGCUGCAGGACGUCCGACGCUAUUUCAACUUGUGCAAGAUGUUGAUGAAAGCGGGUGCCGACAUCCACACCUCCGACCAGGACAAACACACACCCCUGCACAUGGCGUGUAAGAAUGUCAACGCAGACUUGGUAGAGCUGCUGUUGGCGAGCGGGGCCUGCGUUAACGACAUGGACUACGGUGGUGAAGCACCCAUGCAUAACAUCCUGAAGGUGGCGUGCUACAAGCUUGCCCAUAGUCCCGAAAGGGUUGUCCGUGCCCUGCUCAACUAUGGCUCUAUACGAGUGUGGCCUGGAGCGUUGCCCGUGGUUCUAAGGCACUGCUCUCAAUCUCCACGCACCAUUGAAGUGCUGCUCAAUGCCUACAGUCACCUCAAAGUCACGGACACCUGGGUCGAGUCUGUACCCCCCGAGGUCUUUGAGGAACACAAGGAAUUCUACGAAUCCGUCUUCUCCCUUGCACGGACUCCACGUUCCCUACAGCACUUGUCGCGCUGCAAACUGAGGAGCUUCCUGGAGGGGAGACUCAAUAAGGUGGUCCCAAGACUCGACCUGCCCACCUUUAUUAAGAACUACUUGCUCCUGGAUUACAGAGGUUAUGUGCACUAA